AUGGCCACAACCAUCACGACCACUACAACUACCAUAACCACCACAACCGACACGCUCCAGAAACACCAAAUCAUCGGCGACAUCCUCGCUCCAGGGACCAAAAUCCCAUAUAACCUCCAGAUAAAAUGGCCUUCUGCGACCCUCUGCAAACCCGGACAGGCGAUCCACAGGGACGCCACGCAGCCGUGUCCGGAGGUGUGGGUUGAUCCUCCUCCAGAGAAUCCCGGGAAGGCAGGCACAUUCGUCUUGUUAAUGGUGGACCCGGACCUCACCCGCCGCCACGAUACGACCUUCGGCCAGGUACGACACUGGCUAGCCGUGCGAGCCUCUGUGGACAGUUUCGGGAGAGUCAAGGACCUGGACGACACGAUCUCACCGUAUGUUGGUCCGGCGCCUCUGCCGGUUCCUCAUUUACCUGGAAGCCCGCAUCCAAGCCGCUACACCUUCAUCCUAUGCCGCCACAAGGACUCCGCGCCAAAUCCCGCGCUGCAUAUCGACCCGGAUAGCCUCCGGGAUGAGUUUGAGGGCCAGCCCGGGGAGCUAGGCAAAGCGAGUCAGGACAUGAUUGACCGGAUGAGGUUCAAUACGCAGAGGUUCAUUGAGAGGAACGGGCUGGAGGUUGUUGGGGCGACGUUUAUGUUUGUCGAAGGGAAUCUGAAGAGUGGAGUUGCGAAUCUCGGGUUGGCGGCGCAGGGGAUCGGGGAUAAGAUUGUCGGGAAGUGA